ACACUCUACCAACACCACCAGAUAACACACAUAAGACUUUACACUCACAAACAUCGUCUUCUCUCCACAAUCCCAAUUUUCCAAAACCAUGGCACUUUCUUCUGCAACUGCUUCCUCCAAACUCAUACUCUUCCCACAUGCAUCAUCGUCGUCAUCAUCAUCUUCUUCUUCCUCACCCUCUUCUUUAAAUUCUACACCCUUCCGCUCCACCACCACCCAUAAACUAACCACUCUCUCUUCCUCCUUCCUCCAGCCCUCCACCAUCCUCCGCCGCACACCCUCCACCACAACUCACCGCCGCCAAUUCACCGUCCGCGCCGCGCGAGGCAAGUUCGAGCGCAAGAAGCCCCACGUCAACAUAGGCACCAUCGGGCAUGUCGACCACGGAAAGACCACCCUCACCGCCGCCCUCACCAUGGCUCUCGCCUCCCUCGGCAACAGCGCCCCCAAGAAGUACGACGAGAUUGACGCCGCCCCGGAGGAGCGCGCCCGCGGCAUCACCAUCAACACCGCCACCGUCGAAUACGAAACCGAAAACCGCCACUACGCCCACGUGGACUGCCCCGGCCACGCUGACUACGUCAAGAACAUGAUCACCGGCGCCGCCCAGAUGGACGGCGCCAUUCUGGUUGUCUCCGGCGCCGACGGCCCCAUGCCCCAAACGAAAGAACACAUCUUGUUGGCAAAACAAGUCGGCGUGCCCAACAUGGUAGUGUUCCUGAACAAACAGGACCAAGUCGACGACGAAGAACUCCUCCAGUUGGUGGAACUCGAAGUUCGCGAGCUUCUCUCCUCGUAUGAGUUCCCCGGCGACGACAUCCCCAUCGUCUCGGGUUCCGCACUCUUGGCCCUGGAAGCUCUCAUGGCGAACCCGGCAAUCAAACGCGGGGAAAACGAAUGGGUCGAUAAAAUCUACCAACUCAUGGACGAAGUGGACAACUACAUUCCCAUUCCGCAGCGCCAAACCGAUCUCCCUUUCCUUCUCGCCGUGGAAGACGUUUUCUCAAUCACCGGGCGUGGCACGGUGGCGACGGGGCGAGUGGAGCGUGGGACAAUUAGAGUUGGCGAAACCGUUGACCUUGUAGGUUUGAGGGAAACGAGGAACACGACGGUGACCGGCGUGGAGAUGUUCCAGAAGAUUCUUGACGAGGCGUUGGCGGGGGACAACGUGGGGCUUCUGCUGAGAGGGGUUCAGAAGGUGGACAUUCAGAGAGGGAUGGUUCUGGCGAAGCCUGGCACCAUUACGCCGCACACCAAGUUCGUGGCCAUUGUUUAUGUUCUGAAGAAGGAGGAAGGUGGGAGGCACUCGCCGUUCUUUGCAGGGUACAGGCCUCAGUUUUACAUGAGAACCACCGACGUGACGGGGAAGGUGACCUCCAUCAUGAACGACAAGGACGAGGAGUCCAAGAUGGUUAUGCCCGGUGACCGUGUUAAGAUGGUCGUCGAGCUCAUUGUUCCUGUGGCCUGCGAACAGGGAAUGAGGUUCGCCAUCAGGGAAGGAGGGAAGACCGUAGGUGCUGGCGUUAUCCAAUCCAUCAUCGAGUGAAUUCUCUCCUUUUCCAUUUCUUCUUCCUCUUCCUUUUAUACUCCUUUCCUUUCCCUUUUUCUUAUACUUUCCACCUUUAUGAUGGAUAUUGUUAUUCCAUUCCAUUAUCAUAUUCUUCUAUCCCAAAUCAAUUUUCUUUGCUGUUACUGCUCUUUUACUUCACUAUCUUCAACGGAAUGCAAUGUCCUCACAUGAGGUAGUUAAACUGUUACAUUUGGCUAAUUAGUUCUACUCUA